UAUACCUUUUCAAAAUUGUUCAAAAUCGAGCAGCAGCUCCUAGUGUACAGUGCUGUUAAAAAAAUAAAACAAUAUUAAAACAGUCAUUUAUGUAAAUAAUAAUUGAUAAUAGUUCUGUUAACCUAUUGUUUUAACUUUUAUUUUACGCUGUGUCCUGCCUGAAACGGUGAUGGAACUGGUGUCAUUUGGCAAGGAAUUGCUUCACGAAGCCGCAGAGGUCGCUGCUAGUUAUCGAGUGGGUCAAUCGGCCCUCAGAUUCGUCGACAAAGCCCUUUGGACCGUCGAGAAGUCGGCGAGAUGGGCCGUGCCACCACCCCUGGAACAGGACGAGAGACAGCCAGAGUUAAUACGUCCUCUACCCUGGGUGUUCUUCCUGAUGUUGCUGGUAGCCCUUCGAGUCAUCAGAGAGUCCAUUUCUCUCAUUAAUUUGGUCCUUGGGAAGCCGCCGCUACGAUCCGCCGAUGUGGUGAUAUACAUUCAAGGAAAGCGUCGCUACUUGCGCACGUUGAAAUACCAAGGCAGUCGAAUGAUGCGCGCGCGCAGCGAGCCCAAGUCUUGGCGAAGUGGGAUUUACUCUCUGUUCGAGUUUACGAUGUGCUUCAGGAACUCUCACUGCCCCAAUAACAACUCGCAAAGCAGUGGAGACGAGCUGGUGAUGGUGUCCAGGAACGAGCCUAGCAUGGAGAGACUCCUGGAGAAGAUGGUGCAGGUCGAAGCCGACACCGACGACGCCAGCGAAACGGAGGAUUAUUGUUCAAUCGUUUCGGCCGCGAACACGAGGAGCGACGCGGAAAUGACGGAAGCCACCCUCGACAAGUCGUUCGAGGACUCCCGGGAAGAGAUCGUCACCUCCACUCCGGAGAAGCGAGACUCCUCUCCGGUGCACGGAGACGUGUCCGGAAUCGAGAACGCCCGGCUCGAGUCCGUCCGCGACUUCGGUCGACACGAGCGGAACGGACCGAACCCCGCCCACAAGAUAGCCAACGGCAGACCCGCGCACGCGUCGCCCUCCCGAGAGAGGAUCGCAGGAGGCGACCUAAUAUAUUGAAGGUUCCACCGAACGAGCCUUACCGUUAGUCGUAAGCUGCGCUCAAUAUUUAGAGGAAACGGUUCGACUCCCAUCGGUGCAGCGAAGACUUCGCCUCGUUCCCGAAUCUCCCUGUUGUUUUAUCUUUAAAUUAUUUAUUUACACGCAUCGCCUUCUAUGAAUCAAAAUAUUUACGGUUAGUUAAGGUGAAAUUAUAUUAUUUGUUCGGAUCGGAACGUCCGAUUUCAAUGUUUCGGUGUCUCGUUAUGGAAUGUAUAUUAUAGAAGUUUAUAAAAGGUCCCGUCGGACGGGUUCGCUUUUGUCACGCGAUUGUCUUCGAUCGGCCGAUGCCUAUAGUUCGUCGACAGGGAAUGUGCACAAUUGUUGUUGUCCCAUUAGAAGUUCACCCGACGAGAAUGAAAACGAGGGUGUGAGCACGAGGAGGGAAAGAGUGUCCCCGACGUCACUUUUCUAAAUGUUAUUUAUAAAUUUAGCGUAGUAUUAAUUGAAGUAUUUAUAUCUUUUACUCGCCUAACCGAGUUAGCAAAAGUUCAGUUAACGUUCUGCCCAAAUUACCUAAACGACUCGUUUAACGUUCCUUCCCUUAUUCUGCAUUUUAUGUUAUCUUACGGAUUUAACAAAUAUGUAAUUAAAUUGUAUAAUGCCUUUUUCUUACAAUGCAUAUUCCCUUUCAAAGAGUCGUCGCUCCGAAGCAGCUUUUCUAGUGUAAAGUCUGUAACAAGCAAUGCGCUCCUCGAUUGAUAUUUAUUUCUCCAUCUUCCCUCCAUUAUUUAUUAUCAAGGAACGGCUUUCUCUCGCAAAUCCCAAAGCUUUGGCUGUGUCCACUAAAUAAGACUGAAGAGAAAUUAAAUUGAGCCUUUACUUCUCGAUAUUUAAUUACGAUUGUAAUAUUUAACGCUAAUUUAUUAUUUUUAUUUUCUAAUAUUUGUAUACUUUUAAUAAUAAAAAUUGGAAAAAAUUAAAGAGUUUUAUUGUUUC